AAUACUUUCUGAAUGCACUGUAUAUUGCUUUUCAUAGUUGGAAGAAUUGUCAUGUGAAUUACUCUAACCUUAGUCAGUUUGGCAGUAAAUCUGCUUGCUUCACAUGGUUAACAGCAUCUGUCAGUCAGUUGAUUAGAAUUGCUAGGCAGUCUUGCUUAGGAAGAGCACUAUCAGGAUCUUUGGCAGGCUGUGUGAAGAUUGACCAUGAACUCCAACCCCUCCCCAACUAAGAUAAUGUUUCCCCUUUCAGACACGCUUUGCGCAUGUCCAAACCAAUAUGCGUAAUAAUGACUCUGCCUUGGAUGAAGAUGCUGAUGAUGAACUAGACCAAGGAAGCAAAUUGUCAUCUGAAGACAGUGAGGAAACAUCUUACUAUUUGUAUGACAGUGAUGACUCUGGGGAAUUGGCCAAAACGUCUGUUCCUCCUGGAGAAAUGGACCUGCUGGGAGAGAUUUUGGAUACACUGAGUACACAUAGUUCUGAUCAAGGGAAGCUCUCAGGGGCAAAAAGUCUGGACUUUUUUCGAUCGAUGGAUGACAUUGACUACAAGUCAAAG